GAACCAAAGUUGGAAACCGUUUUAUUUGGAGUUAGCUGCUGUUUUACUGCAAUUGCAAAUAAGAAUGGAAUUGAAGAAGAUGAAUCUUUCUUGCCCUAAUUCUCCAUUUGUUUGGGAUGGAAAUAAAUUCUCAGAGUGUUUUGAUAACUUAGUUUUCGGAUUUGGUGCAAACGCAGCUACUAUUCUUAUGAUUUUAGUUCUUGCAAUUACUCGAAGAAAUGCUAGAAGGAUAUACAGGAUGAACUUACCUGAGAGGGUUACAUUACAAUUUCUACCUGCCGUUGGCGCAUGUAUAUCAUUUAUGGACAUUCUUUUGCUUUUAAAUAAAGAGCUUCAUGGAGAAUUUGUUGUGUAUCAUGAAUGGCUUUUCAGAAGUUCUCAAUUGAUAGUCUGGACAAUCAUCAUAUUUUCUUCAAACUGGGUCUUCUUCAAAGAUGUAUUUUGUCAUCGGCUUCUCUGUUUCUGGUGGGUCAUGAAAUUAAUACUGGAAAUCAUCCAUCUCCACAGAGCAUUUGCUUCAGUGAAGGUUUUUUCAUGUUUGAAGGACAGUGUAAUUAUUUGUUUGGAUAUCACUUUUGGCAUAUCUAUCAAUAUUAUCAGCAUGAAGGAGGCAUCUUUAAAGAACAGCUCUGUAGAAGAUCCACUUCUUCCUGCUGAUAUCGAUGUUGAGGGAGGUUGUUCUGUGAAAAAUGGAAAUAUGCACAGCUGGUGGGAUCUCAUCACAUUUAAACCUAUCACCUCUGUGAUGAAGUGUGGUGUUAUAAAGCAGCUCGGCUUUGAAGAUUUGCUUUGCCUACCUGAUGAUAUGGAUCCUUCAAACUGUCAUGACAAAUUGUCAUGCUGCUGGCAAGCUCAAGAGACUAGCUCUAACCCAUCCUUGUUCAAGGCAAUCUGUUGUGCAUAUGGAUGGCCUUAUUUUCGUAUUGGAUUAUUAAAGGUGUUCAAUGAUUGCAUUGGUUUUGCGGGACCAUUGCUUCUCAAUAAGCUCAUUCGGUUUCUUCAACAAGGUUCUGCACAUUGGGAUGGAUUUAUUCUUGCAUUAUGCUUAGGCUUUACUUCUAUCUUGAAAUCUUUUUUAGAUACACAAUAUACAUUUCAUCUUGCAAAGUUGAAGCUGAAGCUACGAUCCAGUAUAAUGACUGUAAUAUAUCAAAAGUGCCUUUGUGUUACCCUGGCAGAGCGAUCCAAAUUUUCUGAGGGGGAAAUACAAACAUUUAUGUCUGUAGAUGCUGAUCGAACUGUCAAUUUGUUCAACAGUCUCCAUGAUGCGUGGAGCUUGCCUUUACAAAUUGGAGUGGCACUCUACCUUUUAUAUACACAAGUUAAAUUUGCUUUUCUAUCUGGAAUGGCAAUAACCAUUCUAUUGAUUCCAGUGAAUAAAUGGAUUUCUGAAUUAAUUGCAAGUGCUACUGAAAAAAUGAUGAAGCAAAAGGAUGAGAGGAUUAGCAAGACAGGAGAAAUUUUGACACAUAUUCGCACUUUAAAAAUGUAUGGAUGGGAGCAUAUUUUCUCUAGUCGGUUGAUGGAGACCAGAUCCUCAGAAGUGAAGCAUUUAGCUACACGGAAAUAUUUGGAUGCGUGGUGUGUGUUCUUUUGGGCUACAACACCAACUCUCUUCUCUUUUUCCACUUUUGGCCUUUACACUUUGAUGGGGCAUCAACUUGAGGCUGCAACGGUCUUCACUUGUCUUGCUCUGUUUAAUAAUUUAAUCUCUCCUCUCAAUUCAUUUCCAUGGGUCAUCAAUGGAUUGAUUGAUGCCUUUAUAUCAACCAGGAGAUUGAGCAGAUUUCUCUGCUGUUCAGAGUUCAAACAUGAAUUAGAGAAAAAAGUUCAUUCUUUUUAUCCUAAUUAUCAGCCUGAUUUUGUAUCUGAUGACGCGGCUGUUAUAAUGCGUGAUGCCUGUUGCACUUGGUCAAGCAGCGAUGAUGAGACACAAAAUCUGGUGUUAAAGAAUGUCACUUUCACGGUUCCAAAGGGUUCAUUCAUUGCAAUAAUUGGAGAGGUUGGUUCAGGUAAAUCAUCCUUAUUGGGCGCAAUAUUGGGGGAAAUGCAGUUCAUCCGUGGGUCAGUUCAUUCCAUCAGAUCUUGUGCAUAUGUGCCACAGGUACCAUGGAUUUUGUCUGGAACAGUACGUGAAAACAUUUUAUUUGGGGAAAAAUAUGACUCAGAAAGAUAUUUAGACACUAUAAAAGCCUGUGCACUGGAUGUUGAUAUUUCAUUAAUGGCUGGAGGUGACAUGGCUUACAUUGGCGAGAAAGGAGUCAAUUUAUCUGGCGGGCAGAGAGCUCGGCUUGCUUUGGCAAGGGCUAUUUAUCAGGGAUCAGAUGUAUAUAUGCUUGAUGAUGUCCUCAGUGCAGUUGAUGCAGAAGUUGCCAGGUGCAUUUUGCAGAACGCUAUUUUGGGUCCACUUUUGGUUGAAAAAACUCGUCUUCUUUGCACCCACAACGUUCAGGCAAUAUCUUCUGCUGACAUGGUAGUUAUCAUGGAGAAAGGACAUGUGAAAUGGAUUGGAAGUUCAACUGACUUGGCUAUGUCAUCAUAUUCAGCAUUCUCUCCACAAAAUGAAUUUGAUACAUUGUCUUAUGUUCAAGAAAAGGAGCUCAUCGCAAAUACUUCUAGUGAAAGCAGAAAAAGCCCUUCACUGGACGAAGAAUCUAUUAAGGUUUCAGAAGGAGCACAAGAGAUUUUUGAACCUGAGCAGAGGAAAGAGGGUAGAGUUGAACUUUCUGUAUACAAAAGUUAUGCAACUUUUUCUGGCUGGUUCAUCACGACUAUAAUAUGCCUUUCAGCUAUUUUAAUGCAAGCUUCACGUAAUGGUAAUGACUUGUGGCUUUCAUAUUGGGUUGACACAACACGAAGUAGUCAGGAAGGAUUCUCCACAUCCUUCUAUCUGGUUGUACUUUGCAUCUUUUGUAUUGUAAAUUCAUCUCUAACAUUGGUGAGAGCAUUCUCUUUUGCUUUCGGUGGCUUACGUGCUGCAGUUGAGGUGCACAAUAUGUUAUUUUAUAAGCUUGUUGAUGCACCUGUACAGUUUUUUGACCAAACACCUACUGGAAGAAUACUAAACAGGUUGUCUUCAGAUCUCUAUACAAUAGAUGAUUCUCUUCCAUUCGUUCUCAAUAUUCUCCUUGCAAAUUUUGUUGGCCUUCUGGGAAUAGCAAUAGUUUUGUCCUAUGUUCAGGUCACCUUCUUGCUUUUAAUGGUGCCAUUUUGGUUUAUUUACAGCAAGUUACAGUUCUUCUACAGAUCAACAUCCAGGGAACUGCGAAGGCUGGAUAGCGUUUCUCGUUCUCCUAUAUAUGCAACCUUUACAGAAACACUUGAUGGAUCGUCCACUAUAAGGGCAUUUAAGUCUGAGGAGUGUUUCUUGGCCAAGUUCACUGAGCUUGUGACCUUGUAUCAACGAACUUCUUACUCGGAAACAAUUGCGAGUUUGUGGCUUGCCCUGCGCCUCCAGUUGUUAGGAGCAUUUGUCAUCUCAUUUAUUGCUGUGAUGGCUGUUGUGGGAUCCCGCGGUUAUUUGCCAAUUAGCUUUGGGACUCCUGGACUGGUUGGUUUGGCUCUAUCAUAUGCAGCUCCAAUUGUGUCGUUGUUGGGAAAUUUUCUUACAAAUUUUACUGAAAUAGAGAAGGAAAUGGUUUCUGUUGAAAGAGCUCUUCAAUACAUGGAUAUUCCCCGAGAAAAUCUUGAAGGAUCGCAGUCACUGGAUCCUAAUUGGCCUUUUCAAGGAUUGAUCAAGUUUCAGAGUGUUACAAUGAGAUACAAGCCAUCUUUGCCACCUGCUCUAAAUGGUGUGAAUUUCACUAUCAUAGGAGGAACACAGGUGGGAAUUGUUGGAAGAACAGGGGCUGGAAAAUCCAGUAUCUUGAAUGCCCUUUUCCACCUAACUCCAGUAAGCAGUGGUUGCAUUCUGGUAGACGGCCUGAACAUAGUUGAUGUCCCUGUUAGAGAUCUCCGAGCACACUUUUCUGUUGUGCCCCAGAGUCCCUUCCUGUUUGAAGGAUCAUUAAGGGAUAACCUAGAUCCUCUCCAGAUGAGUAAUGAUUUGAAAAUUUGGAGCAUUCUAGAGAAAUGUCAUGUCAAGGAGGAAAUAGAAAUGGCAGGUGGACUGGAUAUUCAUGUAAAGGGGUCUGGAUCAUCAUUUUCCGUUGGGCAAAGGCAGCUUCUGUGCCUUGCUCGUGCUCUUCUCAAGUCAUCUAAGGUACUUUGUUUAGAUGAAUGCACAGCUAAUGUUGACACUCAAACAGCUUCAGCGCUACAAAAUGUAAUAUCUACUGAAUGCAAAGGCGUAACUGUGGUCACAAUUGCUCAUCGCAUUUCCACUGUUGUGAAUAUGAACACCAUCCUAGUUCUUGACCAUGGCAAUGUGAUUGAGCAAGGUAACCCACAAGCUCUUCUUCAAGACGAGUUCUCAAGAUUUUCAAGUUUUGCGAAAGCUUCUACCAUGUGAUUCCUCGACUACUUUCAUAGGUUGGUAUAAACUCAAUAUUUUUCUGGAUGUAAUAUCGUUUGUUCAUUGUAAUUUAUCCCCGUCUUCAAACAAAGUUAUCUCCUAGUCGUGCUAACUGCUAACAAUGGACUUUGACCACUUAUAGAAGCGUGACCAGCUAGCCGUCUGUAGUUAGGACUGAUUCUCUAAAUGAUGCCUAUAAUUUAAAUCAGGAAAUGUUAACUUGUAGGUUUGUUGGAAAUCUUAUUGUAGUAAUUCAAUGAUUUAACGUGAUGUAUUACCUAUGUUGUGCAUUUGUUUUCUUCUGUGAAA